GGAAAAACAAAAUCCUUGGCUAUGACAGCUAAUGCUGGCUGGUGGAGUGGUGGCUAGCAGGCUAGCUUUUUUCAUCAAGAAAUUAUCCUCUGAAUUUUCAGAAAGUAAUUGGGCUUGUAAUUCAAAAACUGUGAAUCUUGUAACGCGAGUAUCAAAGCUGUCCAAAAUGACGGUGGACGGCGACGAGAAACCGGAGCGCGAUCGCGUUUUCAUGGACAUUACGAUUGGAGGUCUACCGUCCGGCCGGAUUGUUUUUGAGCUAUACAACGAUAUUGCUCCUAAAACCGCAGAGAACUUCCGCGCCUUGUGUGCUGGGGACGCCGGAAUUGGGAAAGUUACAGGAAAACCACUCACCUAUAAGGGUAUGCUGUUUCAUCGAGUGGUGAAGGAUUUUAUGAUCCAAGGAGGAGAUUUCACCAAUGCCAAUGGUACUGGUGGAGAAUCCAUUUAUGGAGGCACCUUUGAAGAUGAGACAUUUGAGCUCCCUCAUGACAGGCCAUAUCUAUUGUCUAUGGCUAACAGAGGCAAGGACACCAAUGGCUCCCAAUUCUUCAUAACCACACAGCCGGCGCCUCAUCUCGACAAUGUCCACGUAGUAUUCGGAGCGGUGGUGAGCGGCGCGAUGCUGGUGCGGCAGCUGGAGGCUCUCCCCGUCGACCGCAACGCGCGCCCUCUGCAGGACGCCGUCGUCGCUAACUGCGGUCAACUUGUGCGAUUGAAAGCCAAGAAACGCAAGGAUAAGAAGAGUGAAGAAAGCGAAGCAGAAUCUGAGAAGUCACAUAAGAAGGAGAAAAAGCGAAAGAAGGACAAGAAGGAGAAGAAAAAGAAACGUCACCAAUCAGCAUCCGCGGACGAGGGUGAAAUCACGGAGCCCUCGCAUCCCCUCGUUCAGACCUCCAAGAUAGAUCCUCGGGAGAUCCCAGAGGUCCCCACCAACAGGUUCCUUAUGCGAGGAGGCAGAGAUAAUGAGAGGGAAAGGGAUAGGCCUGACCCUAGGAGGGACAGAGAGAGGAUGCGUUACCGUGAAAGGGAUCGCCAGAACGCCUACACUCGCAGUGGUCGGAUCAUCAAAGGACGAGGCGUUUUCCGCUACCGCACGCCUUCCCGCUCCCGCUCUCGCUCGCGCUCGGCGACCCCGCCCCACUGGCGCCAGGCGCAGCGACGCAUCAUCAAGCUAUCCGAGUUCGAGCGGUCGGAACAGGAGCGCGCGGACCGCGAACAGGAAGCGAAGAGUAAGCCGAGCCGACCGGACCCCAAACAUACUCGCGAGCGCGCGGUAUCAGGCGGAACUCCGGAGGGUCCUUAUGAAGAGAAAGAGGAAGGCGAAUGCGACACUACUAUUGAACGUUCACGUCACGAAAGAAUCGACUAUAACGCUCUGGACUUCGAAGAGGACAUAGAACAUGAUGAAGCGGCGGGCCGCGCGCCGCGCCGCCCGCCCCCGCGCGCCGCGCCGGACUCGCGCGCCGACAUGCUGGCGCUGGCGCUCGGCGUCGACCCCAAACACGACCAGAGGGACCUGGACUCCCGCCACGCGCGGCGCCGCCUCGGCCCCGCCUCCACCGUGGUGGCCGCCGCGCCGCGCCUCUCCUCCGCCGUGGUCUCCGAGCCCCUCCGGGCCAAGCACGCCCCGGCCCAGGAGGAAAGGAAACCAGCGGAUGGGGAGUACGAUCCCUUCUCCAUGCUGAGGAGCACCUUCCAGGCUAACAAGGCCAAGGAGCCUGCCAGAAAAGAAGAACGUACUGAACCCCGUCGAGAACGUCAGCAAGAGAAAGAAAAAGAACGCGAACACAAGGAAAAGGAACAAGAGAGAACAAAAGAGAGAGAAGAUAGGCGCGGCAGGCACAGGAGCGAGAAAGACGACAGGGAAAGGGAUCGCAAUGAUCGUAAAGACAAGAGGGAAGAGCGCAGCGAGAGACGCUCACGCUCUAAAGAGAGAGAUAGAACUAGAGAUCGCAGUGAGAGAAACAGGGAGAAAUCAGACGAUAGAAGGAGGAAAGAUAGUGAGAGCGGUAGGCGCAGCGGAUCCCGUGACAAGGACAGAAAGGACAGAGAUAGAAAACGUAGCCGAUCUAAUGAGAGAGUGAGAAGGGAUACGGAACGUAGCGAGGAUAGAAAGCGAAGCAAAUCCAAUGACCGGAGAGAUAGGAGACGUAGUUCUAACGAAAGGGACAGAAAACGCAGCAGGUCCCUCCAGAGAGAAAGACAUGGGAAACGCAGCAGGUCCAAUGAGAGGGAAAGAGAUAGGAAACGCAGCAGAUCCAAUGAGAGGGAAAGAGAUAGGAAACGCAGCAGAUCUGAUGAUAGGAAGAGAGUUAGAAGGGACACGGAGCGCAGCAGGACGCGGGAAGAGGACAGAGAUAGGAGUGAGAGGAAGAAGCGAUCCAGGUCGAAGUCCAGAAGCAACUCGCCGCUGUCUCGGCGCGGCAAGCGUUCUGCCUCGGGCGGCAGGUCGCCGCAGCAUGACAGGAAAAAGGAGGAGGAGCGGGACGAAGCUCGCAAAGAGCUGAUGGAGAUCGUGCGACUCAUCAAAUCGCGCCAGAAGGAUCGAGAAUCCAAAGCCCAAGAGGCUCAGAAGAAAGAGCGUUCGGGCUCCUCCGCGUCGGAGCGCAGCGCCAGCCCGCGCCGCCGCUCGCCGUCGCCGCGCCGCCGCUCGCGCAGCCCGCGCCGGCGCCGCUCCGAGCAGCGCUAGUGGCGCCAUCUGUUCACUUUGACAAUUCUGAACAACCCACGGUGACAACGCGACAAUGUUUGUUUAAUGGCGUAUUCACUUAAGACGGAAGGGAAUAGCUGUGCGAAAUCGUCUUUUCAUACUUAGUACUCAUUUUCCUCUCUGAAUAUUAACAUUAUUAAAAAUAUCUCUCUUCUUCCUCGCGUCGUCCCGGCAUUUUGCCACGGCUCAUGGGAGCCUGGGGUCCGCUUGACAACUAAUCCCAAGAUUUGGCGUAGGCACUAGUUUUUACGAAAGCGACUGCCAUCUGACCUUCCAACCCAGAGGGUAAACUAGGCCUUGUUGGGAUUAGUCCGGUUUCCUCACGAUGUUUUCCUUCGCCGAAAAGCGACUGGUAAAUAUCAAAUGAUAUUUCGUACAUAAGUUCCGAAAAAACUCAUUGGUACGAGCCGGGGUUUGAACCCGCGACCUACGGAUUGCAAGUCGCAUGCUCUUACCGCUAGGCCACCAGCGCUUCCAAACAUUACAACAUUACUUCCAACAUUAUUAAAAAUAUCUUGACACAAUUAGAUGUAUAUUAGCUAUAUUAAUUUUUAACAUACGUCUGCGAUCGAUGCUAUGGUAGCACAUCGUUACUGGCGAAUUUCCAAUAUGACUUGGAACUCCGGUAGCCGUCUAAGAAGUGUAACGUUCUUACGGUAGAUGUCGCUAGGGUCCCCUAGACCCAUAUGGUGAAAAAAUUUGCUGCCUAGGGAUGAGGUCUUGGUGGCUCAGAUGGCAGAGCGCUGGAAUAUCGAUCCAGAGGCCGUGAGUUCAAGUCUCACCCAAGACAGUAAUUUUUCCAUUUUUAAAUUUAUAUUAGCUAUAUUUAAUUAUUAUAGCAGUUAAGGGCAUUAAAAAAUAUGGAAAUUAUUUUCCGCUCCAAAUUCUAACCCUUAACCCCCUUAUUCGUAAACGUGUACUAAAGUUGCGAUGCCGCUGAUCAUUUGUCCCUUUCCAUCAUACCAAUACGUCGGAAAGGGACAAACGAUGAUCAGCGGCAUCGUAACUUUAGUACACGUUUAUGAAUAAGGGGGUAAAUGUAUAGUGUUGCCAAAUGUCUACAAAGCAUUAGACAGCUCACAGAUAAAAAAAAAGGCUUACGUUAUUGAACGCACCUUUAUACCAAAUAUAUAAAAAAAUCAUGCAUUUAAGGGUAAAUUAUAAAAUCGAAAAACAUCAAACGAAGAUAUAUUAGCUAUGGUACAUACAUCAAAUUAUGUAAAAAUAUUUUUUAAUAAUGUUAAUAUGCAGAGAGGAAAAUGGGGACUAUUGUAUGGAGAAACGGCCGCCCCUUUCCUCUUAACGGCCGGUUAGCAAUCGUCACAAAAUUGACGGUCAAUGUUAAACACCAUACAUUUUGUCAAAAAAGUGACCAUUAGACGACUUAGGCCCUCAGCACACGGAGCGUAAGCGUAAGAGACGCGUAAGCGUAUCGUAAUACGCGCGUUGAACGAGAGCGCUAUUAGCACGAACAAGUUCAAACAAAGCGAAGCGUCGUCGUAGCGUAUGAGGUUUCUGACGCGUAGCGCAAUAUAGGCGUAAAAAACAAAACUUCUGACAUAAUCAAACAUUAAAAAAUCCUUAUCUGAGAAAAAAGUAAGAUCGUUGAUAGGGACCGUGCGCGUUGGAGGGUCUGCCAUCUUGUGGCCUGAAUCGGAACCAUAAACAUGCACAUUUACACGUCACGUGUUUUCUUGUGCAUAGUAGGUUCUGCCAUCUUGUGGGCUACAUCGGAACAAAAAACAUACAUUUACGCCUCGCGCCAAAAAUCUGACGGCUCCUGUGCUGCCUCCUACAGUUCAUGCACGCUCCCUAUACAUCCGUCGAAGACAUCUGACGCCAGUGACGCCAUUUUUUCAACUAAUGAGAUUUCAGUAUUUCACUUAUAAAACGAUAACUUACGAGACGCUUGGUGCUCAGAGACCCUAGUGUAAAUUUAUUCGCGUUUGCGUUAAGUAUCAUUUUGUAUGGGAUUUAGAAACAGCGCGCCAAGCGGGACGUUUUGGAAACUCAAAAUCCCAUACUAAAUGAGACUUAAUGCAAAUGCGUACGUCACGGCUCGCUAUCGAAUAAAUUUACAUUAGGGGUACAGAACUCGUAACGUUAUUACGAUACGCUUACGCGAUGCUUACGGUUACGCUCCGUGUGCUGAAGGCCUUAAACACAAGUCGCGCUUUAAACUACAAGUUUUCCUAUAAUGAAAAUGCCCUUAAAUUUAAAAUUGUAUUUGUUUAUUUUUGUAUUAGUUUCGUUUAGUUUAGGCCCAGAAUGCAUUACAAUGUACACUUCUUUUUAAUCUAAGGGUAGUAUCUCACCUGUCUCAUUCCUUGGUCCAAUGUGCAUUGCGUCUCACUCUCUCAUUAAGCAAAAUGUGAGACGCAAAUACACAUUGGACCAAUAAAUCGGACAGGUGGAACACCUAAUUACCUUUCGUAAUCAAAUAAAGUGGCAUUUCUUUUCAAACAAACGAAAUUGAUCCCAAUUUACUACACAACAAGGUUCAAAUUAAAAAUAGGAGAAAUUUGUACGGUGAGCCUUACGAGGUUCUAACUUUGCCUUGAUUGUUUACUAGGAACGUAAAGGCAAUGAUUUUUUAAUAGAUAUGAAUAAUAUGUAUUGCGUCAUAUUUUACUUUUUAUUUUAGAUGUUUACAAAUUUUCUGUUUUUCAACAGUACAUAAGGCUUCUUAUAGUUUAGGUAUAUUUGAAGACCAAAUGAAUUUUUCGAGAUAGAAUGUAAAAUGUAUUGUUUUUAUAUUACGUCGGUGGUAAACGAGCAUACGGCCCGCCUGAUUUUUUUAUACUACGUCGGUGGCAAACAAGCAUACGGCCUGCCUGAUGGUAAGCAGUCUCCGUAGCCUAUGUACACCUGCAACUCCAGAGGAGUUACAUGCGCGUUGCCGACCCUAACCCCACCCCCCUCGUUGAGCUCUGGCAACCUUACUCACCGGCAGGAACACAACACUAUGAGUAGGGUCAAGUGUUAUUUGGCUGCGGUUUUCUGUAAGGUGGAGGUACUUCUCCAGUUGGGCUCUGCUCUAGAUCUGGAAUGACAUCUGCUGUGCUGUGCCCUACCACACAAGGCGAGAUGACAUUCACAUUGCCCAUACCUCUCUUUUGGACGUAGUUUAAGGACAUACCCGGGUCCGGACGUAGUUUAAGGACAUACCCGGGUCCAACCUUACUCACCGGUAGGAACACAACACUAUAGGGGGAACAUAAUCGAGUCCAGCCGUUUUUGAGUUAUUGCAAAAAGUCUUUUUAGUAAAAAAACUCCCUUAUGAUUGUAACGUACAUGAUAAUUACUAAAAGCCCCCGCUUAGCCUAUUCUGACAGAAUGGUAACUACGGAACCCUACACUGAGCAUGGCCCGACAUGGUCUUGGCCGAUUUUUAGUAGGGAGAAAUGCGGAGUGACUCACGCCUAGUACAGUCAGCAUCAAAAGUAGCGGAUGAAACAACGCGCCAAAAGUAUCUGAUAUUCGGGAUAACUUUUCCAAAUAUAGAUAAAUUUCUAGAAUUCGCGUUCCAAAGUAUAUCUAUUACAGUUUUUGUUGUUCUAUAUUAAAGACAUCACUUUUUGUUAAGCUGUUACA